AUGAGUGAUAAAAAAAUAAAAAAAAAAAAACCAAUACAGUACAAAAAUGAUAAUAUAAAAAGAUUAAGUAAAAGAAAUAACUUUAUUAAGAAUUCAAACGAUUUAGAUUUUGAAAAAGAUGAAUUUUUCAAUAGAAAAAACAAUGAAUACGUUGAUAAUAAUUAUGUUGAUGUAUUAAGAAAAAAUUGUAUGAAAGAAAAACAGAAAUAUUUUUUAUUCUUUCCUUUUUUUUUGACUUGGAUAAUAAAGAAAAAGGAAAAAUAUACUAUAAAUGUAUUAACUUUUGUAGGUUUUUUUUUUAUUUUUUGCAUUAUACUUAAAAAUUAUAAUGAAAAAAAUGAAAAUAAUGAUAAUAAUAAUAAAUUUGAUUAUUAUUUUGAAAAUGAUGAAUUCAUAUAUAUUCCGAAUAAAAGAAGUUCCAAUACAAUACAUUUGAAAAAUGUACCAGGAACUGAAAUAGUAGAUAAUAAUUUCUUGAGUGUAUAUUCAGAAAAUAUGAAAUAUUUAAGACAGACUAGUUUAAAUCUUUCAUUACAUCAAAGAUCGUUAUCUACUGAAUGUUACGUAUAUUUUAAAAGUUUUUUAAAACAAGCUAUAUCACCUCAUAGCUUAACAAAAGCAAUAAAAAUUGAUAAAGAAUAUAUAUAUCCUUGGGACUCUAUAACACAAGAUGAUGUUUCGAGUAUAAUUGAAAAUGCAAAAUUUUGGGGGUUUUUAGCUACCUGGUUUAAAAAUCAUAGAAAUGCACAAAAAGUUAAUCAAGAAAUUUUAAAAAGAGAUAUGCCUGUUCUAUCACCUCGUUUUAUUCAAAGAGAUGAUUUAUAUACUCAUUUUUAUAAAAACAACGAUGAAACAAAACCAAAUUUUUAUGGAAUAAAUUAUACAUGGUUAGGGCAUGCUACAGGUUUAGUAGUAGUAGAUGGGUUUAAGGUAUUAUUAGAUCCAGUUUUUAAAAUUGAUUUAUUAAGCCUUAAGGGAAUUGUUAAAUCAAUAUUUAAUUGGGCGAAUGUUAAGAUAGUGGGAGGGUUAGGAGAAAGAAUAUCCAAAUCUCCAUGUAACAUUUCUCAAUUGCCAGAUGAUUUACAUGCUGUUUUUGUUUCUCAUAAUCAUCAUGAUCACAUAACAAAUGAAGAUGCAAGAGCUUUAUGUAAAUUAAAAAAAUUUCAAAAUGUCAUGUGGUAUGUCCCAGAAGGCUUUGCAAAUUUUUUUCUUAAAGAAGGUUGUAAAGCCUCUAAAAUUUACGAGAUGUCAUGGGGAGAUGAAAGAUGGAUAUCUUGUUGGAUAUCUUAUAAACAAUUUAAAUGUAGAGAUGGAAUGUGGAAAAGUAAAAACAAUGCAAAUGAUAUUUUUAAAUAUAAGAUAGUUUAUGCACCCACUCUUCAUUGGACAUCAAGAAAAAAUAGUCUAAGUGACUUUAAUCAAUCAUUAUGGGGAUCAUUAAUAUUAAAGGGACCAAAGCAUAAAUUCUAUUUUUCUGGUGAUACUGCAUAUUUAAAGAAUGAAUUUGAGGAAUUUAAAAAAAUUGGGAGAUUACAUGGUCCUUUUCACUUAGCUGCUGUAUCUAUUGGUGCAUAUGAACCAAAUAAUUCCUUAAGAUACCAUCAUGUGCAUCCUUGGGAAUCUGUGAAGAUAUGGAGAGAUAUAAGAGCAGAAGUCGCUGUAGCAAUUCAUUGGGGUACUUUUCGAUUAUCUGCUGAAGAUUUUAUGCAACCUAGAGAUGACUUAGAGGCUGCUUUACUUGGUGUUAGUUAUUAUAAAUUAAGAAAUUUAAGUUUACCGCAAGAAAAAAAAAAAAAAGAACUAUUGAAAAAAUAUAUGAUUAAUAAAAAUACUGAAAAUGAAGAUGAUAAUGAUGAUUUGGAAGAUUUAAAAGAAUACUUUUAUCCUUCUUCAAAUGAAGAAUACCACGAAUAUACAGAAAGUUUCCACUCCUUAUUUUCAAAUAAUAUAAAUUUAUAUUAUAAAGAUAUUAACAGAAAUUAUGUUAAACAUAUGUAUCAACAAAAAAAAUUAUAUUCAUCAACAUACAAUCGUUUUAAAAGAGCUUUAAUUUUAAGAAACUCAAAAAAAUUACCAAAAUCAUGGAAAAAGUUAUUACUCAAUCUUUCUAUUCGAUUCCAAACUAUACCUAUAGGUGGGUCAAUUGAAGUCGCCUCAAAUGAUGAAAAUAUUUCUAUGACAAGAUCAAGUGAAUAUAAUUCUACAUUAUAUGAACAUUAUACUUUUCCGCAAUGGUAUAAGAGCAAAAAAAAUGAAGAAAUACCAAGUCAAAAUUUCUUUAUGUAUGAAGAUUUGAUGAAUUUUCAUAUUGUAAAUUGA